ACCCUUUUUGUAGCCGAAUCAUCUGGUUCUCUGUAACCACAUACUCGACAAAGUAUCUCUCUUUCUCUUUCUUCUAAGAUAUCUUCUUCUUCACCUCUCUAUAUAUGGAUCAUUAGAUAUGGUACGGAGCAAUUACUCGCACACAACCACACUCUAGAUAGAUCAGAGGAUUAUUAGAUACGUACCUUUUCUUAUCCGAUCCGGCUAAGUAACAUAUCCUCUUUCUUUUUACUAGGGUUUCGGGAAUUCGAGAUUACAAAAUAUAUAAUAUCAAGAAGCAAAUCAUCAUCCGUACGUACUUUUAACAAAAAACAUAAUCUACGUUAUCUAUCAAGAUCUAUAGAUAGAUAGAGAGAGAGAGAUGUUUCGUUUUCCGGUGAGUCUUGGAGGAGGUCCACGUGACAAUACGACUCAGUCGGAUGAGCAGCAUCAUCAUCGGGCGGUGGUCGAUGAGGUUGACUUUUUCAGAUCGGCGGAGAAGAGAGAUAGGGUUACACGUGAUGAACAAAACAUUAUCGCCGCCGACGAGACUCAUAAGGUUCAUGUCAAAAGGGAGAUCAAUUCACGUGUUGAUGAUAAUGAAGAUCGUUCUACGGAUCACAUCAAUAUUGGACUAAAUCUUCUCACUGCGAAUACGGGAAGCGACGAGUCAAUGGUGGAUGAUGGCUUGUCUGUGGAUAUGGAAGAGAAACGUACAAAGUGUGAGAACGUACAACUUCGAGAAGAGCUAAAGAAGGCGAGUGAAGAUAAUCAAAGACUAAAGGAAAUGCUAAGUCAAACAACCAACAACUUCAACUCCUUGCAGAUGCAACUUGUUGCUGUCAUGAGGCAACAGGAAGAUCAUCAUCAUUUGGCUACGACUGAGAACAAAGAUAACGCCAAGAAUCGACAUGAAGUGCCCGAAAUGGUUCCAAGACAAUUCAUCGAUUUGGGACCGCCAUCUGAUGAAGUAUCGUCCGAGGAGAGGACUACGGUUCGGUCAGGAUCUCCUCAGUCGCUUCUAGAGAAAUCUAGCUCACGUCAAAAUGGAAAGAGAGUGCUUGUAAGAGAAGAAAGCCCUGAAACCGAAUCCAACGGCUGGAGAAACCCUAACAAAAUUCCUAAACACCAUGGGUCCUCCAGCAAUUGUGGUGGCAAUGGCAAUGGCAAUGGAAAUGGAAAUAAUAAUGUUAUCGAGCAAUCGGCCGCCGAAGCCACCAUGCGUAAAGCUCGUGUCUCGGUUCGUGCUCGAUCCGAAGCUCCCAUGUUAAGCGAUGGGUGUCAAUGGAGAAAAUACGGACAGAAAAUGGCAAAAGGAAACCCUUGCCCUCGAGCUUAUUACCGUUGCACAAUGGUCAAUGGAUGUCCCGUUCGCAAGCAAGUGCAACGAUGCGCGGAAGACAGAACCAUUCUCAUAACAACCUACGAAGGAAACCAUAACCAUCCGUUACCCCCAGCGGCUAUGAGCAUGGCCUCGACCACAACAGCAGCCGCAAGCAUGCUCCUCUCAGGCUCCACCAUGUCAAGCCAAGACGGUUUAAUGAACCCAACAAAUCUACUGGCUCGGACCAUCUUACCGUGUUCCUCAAGUAUGGCCACUAUCUCAGCCUCUGCACCGUUCCCAACCAUAACAUUAGACCUCACGGACUCAUCCAACGGUAACAACCUAACCAAUAACCCGUUGAUGCAAUUCUCUCAACGGUCUGGUUUCGCGGAGUCGAACCAAUCGGUCUUGCCUCAUAUGAUGGGCCAGGCUUUGUAUUACAACCAACAGUCUAAGUUCUCGGGAUUACAUAUGCCCUCUCAGCCGCUAAACGCUGGUGAGAACGUUAGCGCAGCUACUGCCGCCAUUGCUUCCAAUCCCAACUUUGCAGCUGCUUUGGCUGCAGCCAUAACGUCUAUUAUCAACAGUUCGAAUAAUCAGCAAAAUGGGAACAACAGUAACAGUAAUGUUACCACGAGCAACGUUGACACUAGGCAAUAGCAUUUUAUUUUAUAUGUUUUAGUUAGAACCUUUUUAUCGGUCGAUUUUUUUUUUUUCUUUUUACAUUUUUUUUUAGUUACGGCUUUUUUGGUUUUCUUUUUCUUUUUUUUUUUGGUUUUCUAUCCCGAACAACAACAAGAGUAUUGAGAGAAAUUUUUCGUUUUCUCGUUUCCUUUUGUAUGGUCGACCAUUAUGUUCAGGGAUAUAAAUUGCUUAAAUUUUUCUGAAAGCAAUCAAUUCUCUUA